AUGGCAUCUGGGCGAAGGAAAGAAGACAAAGAAACUUGGUGGUGGAAUGAAGAAGUGCAGAAAAGCAUAAAUAGAAAGAAACAAGCGAAAAAGAAAAGGGACAGACAAGGGGUCGAGGAAAGCCAUCAGAAAUACAGAGAUAUGUGCAGCAGGGCAAAGAAGGCAGUUGCAAAGGCAAAAGAAAAUGCGUUUCAGAAGUUAUAUGGGAAGUUAGACACUAAGGAAAGGGAGAAAGAUCUGUAUAGACUGGCCAGACAAAGAGUCAGAAAUGGGAGAGAUGUGCAACAUGCAAAAAUGAUAAAAGAUGCAGAUGAAAACAUUUUGACAGGUGAGAACGUCUUGAGAAGAUGGAAGGAAUAUUUUGAGGAACUUAUGAACGUUGAGAAUACAAGAGAAAGAACACUAGAGGACGCAGAAGUUGGAAAUCAAAAUGUGCAGGAAAUCAGCAGAGCGGAGCUGAGGAAGGCUAUGACAAAGAUGAAAUGUGGAUAG